AAAUAUAUAUAUAACAGAGUGACAUUUUCUGAGUACUAUACUAUAACCUUUCUUAUCUUCUCUCUGUACUCCUUCAGCUUCCAAAAAUCAUAAAAGGCGAAACCCAAUUGAGGAAUGGAAGGGUUAACAGGGCUUAGUCACCUAUUUGUGACAAUGUUUCUAGCAGGGUUUGGAGGAAUUAUAGUUAUGCCUUCAAUAACAGAUGUCACCAUGGCUGCACUUUGUCCUGGUCAAGAUGAAUGCUCUCUUGCCAUUUACCUCUCUGGUUUCCAACAAGUUAUGAUAGGAAUUGGGUCAGUAAUGACAACGCCACUAAUUGGGAAUUUGUCUGACCGGUACGGCAGGAAAGCCUUGAUCACACUUCCUCUCACUGUCUCUCUCAUUCCUCAAGCUAUAUUGGCAUAUAGCAGGGAUACAAAAUUCUUCUAUGCAUACUAUGUGGUCAAAACUCUUGCUGCCUUAGCAGGCGAAGGCAGCUUCCAUUGCCUAGCUCUUGCAUAUGUGGCCGAUAUAGUUCCAGUUGGAAAACGAGCAUCAGCAUUUGGAAUACUAGCUGGUGUUGGAUCUGCAUCGUUUGUUGGCGGAACAUUAGCUGCUAGAUUCCUAUCCGCGGCAUUAACAUUUCAGGUUGCUUCAGUCUCCUCAAUGAUAGGAUUGGUCUACAUGAGAAUUUUCCUUAAGGAAAGUGCACCUAUGAGGCAGCCAUUAUUGAAAGAGGCAGAGGAACCAUGCAUUGAACAGUGUGAGGAUGAUUUGCCACAAAGAACAUUUAAGAAACUACCUUCAAUGGGGGACUUAAUUUGUUUGCUUAAGUGUAGCCCUACAUUCUCACAAGCAGCAAUUGUUUUACUCUUCAAUAGUCUUGCAGACGGCGGCUCGAUGGCUGUAACAAUGUAUUAUUUGAAGGCACGUUUUCAAUACAACAAAAAUCAGUUUGCCGAUUUGAUGAUGAUUUCCGGGAUUGGAGCUACUCUGACACAACUAUUUCUCAUGCCCAUAUUAGUACCCGCUGUUGGCGAGGAGAAGUUGCUCACAACAGGGCUCUUUGUUUCCUGCAUAAGUAUGUUGAUGUACAGUAUAUCGUGGUCAGCAUGGGUUCCUUAUGCUCUAGCAGGUUUCUCUGUUUUAGGAGUUCUAGUGCGCCCAUCUCUAACCAGCAUUGCAUCCAAACAAGUUGGACCUAAUGAACAGGGAAUGGUUCAAGGAUGUCUCUCAGGAAUCACUUCCGCCGCCAACAUCAUAUCUCCGUUAAUUUUCAGUCCACUGACAGCCUUAUUCCUGUCAGAAGAUGCACCAUUUAAUUUUCCUGGAUUCAGCCUAAUGUGCCUUGGGCUAACACUGAUGACAGCAUUUUUCCUUAGCCUAAUGAUUCGUGCUCCCCCUCCUAUUAUGGGUGACAAAGUUAGUAGUAACCGCUGCACAGAAACCUUGGUCUGAGGUGGUAGAUAAGUCUGCUUACUAUUUGAGCGCAGAAGCAACAAAAAUUAUCUAUCGUUCAUUAUUUUGCCUCUCCAAAAUUGUUGUACAUAGCCUAUGAGAGAAAAGUUGCAAAGUAAUAGAAUGAACCAUACUUUAGGCACAUAUUCUAAUUCUACAUUAGACAUGUAUGCUUUGACACCUGGAGAGCAAGAACACUCAAUAUCGAAUUAGAGAAACAGGGACAUGAUUCAGUUAAAGUUGGUUUUGAAAAUAGUAAUCAGGUGAACCAACGGCUAAAUCACAGAAUUCCCUGCAAUUAUAGAGAGGAAAUGUGGUGUGUAUUUAUGAGCCACAGUAUUAUCUCAUCAGUUGUGUUUGAAACCUUUUCAAUCUUCAUUCUUCAAUAUUAUGUAUUGUAUUCAAACAGUCUUGGAGUUUCCUCUAGUUAGAGGGGCCCGUUGUACACUCAAGUUUCCACGUAUAAUUUAGUGAAAGACAGUGUGUUUUUUAGUAUGAUUUAUGUUAUGGUUGACUGAAUUCAAUCAA